AUGUCGGACAGCGAAGAGGUGACCUCAGCUGCGAGUUACUUCAAUUCGGCCCCACCUCCUGUGCCUGUUCCGGUCCCUCCCGCGAACCAACAGAGUCAGCAGCCUUUUCCUCCGGCACAAAAUCAAGAAUACCUUGGAAUCAAUAAUGAGCCUCCUCCAGCACACGCGUUUCAAUUAAAUACACGGUUUCAACAAUAUCGUCAACAGCAGUACAUCGUGCCAGCGCCUGUUGUUAUAAGCCCGGAAGACGACGCUGCCCAUAACAUGGCUGCUUUGACUUUGGAAGAAAACGUCGUUCAGGAAAUCGAGCAGGCGGGCAACGCAGAAGUUGAAGUUCAAGGCCGCCUGCAGCCUUCCCAAAGCGAUCUACACUCUUACAAUGAUCUUCAUUCUUCAGCCUCGGUUCCAGCUCCCUCGGCUGCGACUCAGCAAGCUCCUCCUAGAGCAAGCGAGCAUGCAGAAGGAUAUUUCCAGCCAAACUCGAAUAAUCCACCUGGUCAAGUGCAGCCUCAAAGUAACCCCGCAACUAGUCUGCGAUCCGGUGAUGUUCAGCCAUUCAACUUCCAAAAAACAGACGCAUCUUCGGAGCCUUCCAACUACUCAGUUUUGGCAUCAAGCAAUGAAGGUCAUCAGCCAAGAAAUCAAAUGCAAGACGAUCAAGGUCGGGCUAGGCUGCGUGCACCACCUAUUCCUGUCCAAGUCAGUAGUAAUCCAGUCAGUUCUUUUCCGGUUGGGGAACAGCCGGCUUUGAGGGAAGAUGUCCGAGCUCCUGUUCGCCCAUUGAAUCCCGAGCGAUCAUCACGUCCUCCACUCGACGAGCAGCGCCCAGGAAACAGAGAUCCCAAUGCGCGUGCUCCUAUCGUGCCCCAUGAAACAGACCCAACUCCAUUAAACCGAAUGCCAGUUCAAAAUCAAAAUGCUCCAGUAAAUGUUCAAUACAGCCAGCCAGAGGCUCAUACAGAAGGUUCUCUUCAUAAUCGAUUUUCACAGUCAAAUCAAUAUUUGGAUUCUGUCGCGCACGAAAAUCAACAGUACCAGCAAGCACCGCCUCAAGUUUCGGUUUCUCAGCAACAAGUCUAUCAGCAGCCCGGGGCACCUUAUCAUCCAGCGGAUCAAUAUCAACAGCACCACCAGCAUCCGGCUCCGCCUUCGUCUCAGGGUGGUUACGCUCCCCGUCCGCAGUAUUUCCAUCCGGGCCACUAUCAACCUCAACCACACGCUCAUCAGUAUUCGCAUCACGAGGCCGCUUCUGGCCGCGCGACGCCCAGUUACCCUCAAAAUCCACCCCUAGAUCGUCCGUCUCGUCCUGGCUCCGCCAUAUCUGCGCAGGGCUCUGGCUUCGCGCCUCCGCCGCAGCCACAUUAUCCUCCUGCACCUUAUGGUCAUCAUCCUCCUCCACCGGGGCCGUAUGGGUAUCCUCCUCCGCCUGGUCCUUAUGGGGCCUAUGGGCAUCCUGCCUACCCACCAUAUGGAUACCCACCGCAUCCUUAUGGGGGUGAUCCUUACGGCGACCCAUACAGACGACCACCAUAUUCAAGAAUUCAUAAAAAACAACGAAUCUCGUCAACAUCUAAUAAUAAGAGGCUCCCAGCGUGGGACAGGUAUCGUCCGUCUUCCGAAUUCGACCCCGGUGAUGAUAACGUUUCUGUUACUUCUUUCCAUUCGCAAAGAUCCGGGCGAUCAGGUGCGUCGAGAAGAAAGAAAAAGAACGUCUACGAGGAGCUGUACAAAUCUAUGACAAUCAACUACGAUGACGCCGAGUGGCAAGAUAACUACUACGUCGAAAGCUCUCGGGACGAAGGACGGAAAACUCCGCCCAAGUUCACCCAGCCUCAUUGUAUUGUGCGGUUUUCACCAACCGGGCAGCUGGUCAAAGUGAACGCCGCACGAGUAGACGAAGGCGAGGCCGCAACAUUCGAGCUUCACUCACUAGAGGCGCUGACGGCGAACGAGCCUGUGUACGCGCCUGGACUACACGCUUUCCCUGGACCUUUAACUCGGGCUGCAACGCCGAAAAUUGAUGUCGUGCGAUACUGCGGUAACCAAGCUGCUGAUGUGCGUGCGAAUUUAAAUAUCCCAGAUCGGCAAUCCUUCGCGUUAUUAUGGGAUUUACUAGCCCUACUGGUGAGAUCGAACGAUAACGCCGAAGGUCACGACUUCUCUGAGUUACUCCUCGGCGAGCUCAAAAACGAAAAACAACCAGAAGAUAUUGAUGAAAGUAAUCUAGAAGUCAAAAACGACCGCUCACUUAUUAAUGAAGCCAAUUCGAACACAAGUUUACGUAAUUUAACCACUGGACGCGGGUACUCCGAAACCGAAAAGGUGAACCGUUUCCGCGAGCUGAUUCAGUACGGACGCCAGAGGGACGCAUUGGAAUGGGCGAUGAAAACGGGUAUCUGGGGACAUGCGUUAAUGCUAGCUUACAAACUCGAUCCAACUCAGCACCAAAAGGUGAUGACUCGCUUUCUCAAUUCAAUGGACGUUUCGGAUCCUCUCCAAACGGCAUACACUUUCCUGUCUGGCCGCCAGCCGAACUCGCUUUCGCAAAUCGAAGAGAGUGACCUCGGCUCCUGGAGACAUCACCUCGCAAUGAUCCUUUCGAAUUCAACGCAAAAUCAAGCACUCACUAGAAAUGUUUAUCAAAGAUCUAUCACAAGCCUAGGCGAUACAUUAUGGAAUCGUGGUUUGCUGUAUGCCUCACAAUUCUGCUAUUUACUUGCUAACGGAGCCAAGUCUUUUGGAUACUGCAACCGCAAAUCAUCGAAAAUUGUUCUCUUGGGAGGCGACCAUACCCAGGACUUCAGCUCGUUCGCCACACUCAGUGCUAUCCAGAUGACCGAAGUCUACGAGUACGCGAUUUCGCUAUCUUCGAACAACACUUCAAAAAGCACGCUCCACAGUUUUCAGAGCUUGAAAUAUUUAUAUGCCACCUGGCUCGUCGACUACGGUCUUAUCACACAAGCAUUUGCAUAUUUGGAACAAAUCGCCACUGUCGUCCUCCAGGAACCUCACCAAUAUCACAAAACACUGCUAUCUCGCCUCACAAGUCUAGCACUCAGGCUACAGCUUCACGAUCAACAACGACUCAAUUUCGCUGAAGAAGCCUCUGCUCCUCAAUGGCUCGAGCGUUUGCUGAGUUUGGCGGCGGUCGAUCCUGCCGGUGAAGGAAGGUUAAACGGAAUUAACACUACUGCUGAGAAUGAGGCGAAUCUGGUGGCACCUUUAGCGAGCGACUCGGCGCAGGUGAUCAGCUCGCCACGCGAAGAAGCGAACGAAUACGAGCCCAAGAUUGAUCAAAGCGGACGUGUUUCCUUCUCGCCAGAUCCCACAGAUUCCGCCCCUGCCUCCGCGCGUAUACCCUCACGACUAUCCUCUACACUUUCCGAGCAGUAUAUUCCGGCGCUACACGAGUACGAUCAAAAUGAGCCUGUUAUACAGUCUCCUAUUCCGACUCAACCGACAUCACCCCAACAUUUCCAGACCUUCAAUAAUGAACUGCCGCCCAGAUCGCGGCCAAGGAGAAAUACUGAGCGUUCUGAGGCGUCCGUGUCCAGACGAGGCUCUAGCUCUUACCAGCCAGUGACACAAAUACCACCAGUUGCGCCGAGUACUCUCCCAGUGUCUUCAGCCCCUUUCGUUCCUUUCACUCCGGCUGUCCCUACUCCAAUGAGUGAGCAGAAUUCGUCGAUGCCACCGCCAAUGUCGAUGCCCCCGCCAAUGUCCAUUCCCCCGUCGAUGGCCCCGUCUUCCCAGCCCGCCUCCUCCAGUACUUCCCCCCUUCCACCUCACCAGCCGCCACAACAAAAUUUUACUCCCUCGGCUGCCGCUGCUGAUGUCAAUUCAGCUGAAUCAAACGCGGCUCCCCCAAUGUUUAUGCCAUUCGAUUCUUCGAGCGCAGGUCCUGCUGGCCCUCAGUUUCCCCAAAUGCCAGCGGUCACUGCUCCCCCACAAGGAGCCCUUCCAGAAGAAUCUGCUAUUUCCCAGCCAGCACCUGUUGUUUCGAAUGAGCAUCCAACAUCUAACCAGUUCCAACAAAACACUGGUUACGACAGUACUGAGCAACAACCCUAUUAUCCUUCCCAAGCUUCACAGACUCAACAAUUUCAGCAAGUUCCCUUCCAGCAGCAAGAACAACAGUUCCAGCCUGCGCCUCGCGCGCAAAACGACCAACAGCAACCUGAAGCUUUAGUGACGAAUACACAAGCCAACUUUCAACCACCAGCUUCUCAAUUUAAUCCGAUUCCGCAGAACAAUUUCACUGCAAGUCAACCUGUUCUCCCAGCGGCCCCUUCGCUACCGGCAGCGCCAGUCAUGCCAGCAGCACCCCAAAUGCCCGAAACGCCACAUAUGCCGCCGUUCCAGCCGCCGUCCGGUGGAUACAUGCCUUCGAUGCCACAACAACCUGCGGCUUCUCAGCAACAACCAACACCGAUGGAGCCACAAGGAGUUCCACCACAGCAAGAAAGAAAUGAGCAACCUCCGAAAGUUCAGCCUCAAAAAGCAACCGCUCCAAAAGCAAAUACAAGCACGUCGAAGCAAUCUGGCAGCUUUCUCGGCAGUGUUUUCCGAAAAGUUCUGCCGAACUCGCUAACCGGCGAGGCUUACCUUCCGGACGAUACUAAUAAAUCUCUCGUCUGGGACGAGGACAAAAAGAAAUGGGUUGAUCUAUCUGGCGAUGGGGAAGAAGAAAGCGCUCCUCCGCCACCGCCGCCAACCAUGGGCAACAUGGGUGGCAUGCCAGGUGCUAUGGGUGGAGCAAUCAAUCCCAUGGGUGGUGCAAUGCCAAACGGAGGCGCACCUCCCGCUGCCACUUCUAACUUCCGCCGAGGAAACAAGAAAGGCAGAAAUAUGUACAAAGAUGCGAAAGCUCUAGGAGAAACAGUCUCUGUGUCAAACAAGAUGAUGCCCGGAUCUGCUCCGGCGCCUUCGUCAGCUCCUAACCCUGGCUUUUUCAUGCCGCAGCCAUCGACCAACGGAGGUCAGAAUGGAUUCUCCGCAGGUGAAGCCGCGCCAACGCAACAGAACCAAGCCACGGAGCAAGCAGCUAGUCAAGGAGGGGCACCAGCUGGUCCUGGACCCAUGUUCUUCAACCCGAGCCAAUUCGGCCAAGGACAAGCCCCAUUCAUGCCGCCAGGGUUCGCGCCGCAGAAUAUGAAGGCUUUAUUUAAACCUGGCGGGAAGUCGAAAAAGAUCCCGCCGAACCAGCUCGUGGGCAAGUUGAUGAAAAGCCUCGCUGCCCUUGAAGAGCUCAAGCUUUGGCAUGACUCGAGAAACGAAGACAAGAAGGACAGCGAGAAGAAGAGCAUCAGCACCUAUCUGGACCGCGCUCUCGAGAUAUUAAUACCAGAAGGAGACUCCCAGGCCCGCCAGAACAACGAAGACUUCAUCAAACUCUCACAAGAAAUCUACGCUCACAAUCUCUUUACAGCUCUUAUCAAGAAUCUAGAUGAAUUGGAAUUCGAGAGUCGAAAAGUCGCUUCAAGGAUAUUCAAAAACUUACUUAUCAGACAAAUUGGUACGCGAUAUCCCAUGGUCAACCACAUUGCGGAAAAUCCCGAAAUCCUGUUUUUACUACUCGACGGCUACAAACAUCAGUCAAAUAGCGGACUGAUCGUGGCUUUAUGUGGAGACAUGCUCCGCGAAUGCUUGACGGUGAAUGAACAGCUCGUCAAAAUUCUGCUGUACGAUGAACAUCGCAGAUUCUACUCUAUCUUCGAAUAUGUCAACCACGAUGCCUUCGAUAUUGCCUCCGAUGCCUUUAGGACUUUUAGGGUCAGUGUCAAGAAUCCACACAAUCAAAUCGUGGCCCAGUUCCUCAACGACAACUACAGCGAGUUCUUCGAGCACUACUCGCGACUGCUGAGGACGGACAACUACGUAACUAUCCGCCAGUCAUUGAAACUACUUUCGGAGCUGCUGCUCAAUCGGGAGAACUUCUCCGUCCUACAGAGAUACGUUGCGGAUGAUGCCAAUCUCAAGGAGAUGAUGAAACUGCUCGCACAUCCUGACUCAAACGCCAUCAAAUUCGAAGCCUUCCACGUUUUUAAGUUUGCGAGCCCAACCAAAUCUCCUGGAGUCGCCAAAGUUUUAUACACCAACCAGGAGAAGCUCAUCGAAUUCCUCGAAAAAUUUCAGCCUGACCGCCAAGAAGACGAGGGUUUCCAAGAAGAAAAACGCUAUUUAAUCAAGCAGAUCCGAACUUUAGAAAAGCCUGCAGACUUAUGA